CUUAUCUUCCACUUCUGAACUCCAUGGCGCGGCACCGCCAUGGCUACGCUCCCUCUCCCCCUUCCCGCCACUCCGUACCCACCCAAACCCCACGAGCCCCCGCGCCCCGCCUCCCUCCACGCCACACUUGCUUCCCUCUCCCAGCACGGCAGCGACCACGGAAGCCUUCGCGACGCCUUCGCGCUCGUCUCCCGCGCCGAGAGCCAGUCGAGCCCCGCCGUCGGAGUCGCCGUCGGCCCGGAGGUGUACGCGUCCCUCCUGCAGUGCUGCGUCGCCGCGGGGUCCCUCCGCGCGGGAAGACAGGUGCACGCCGCUGCCGUCAAGCGCGGGCCUUACUACUGGCGGCACGCCUACAUCGGCACCAAGCUCGCGGUCUUCUACGCCCGGUGCGGCGCUCUGGCCGACGCCGAGCGCGUGUUCGACGCGCUUCCCAAAAAGAACGCUUUUGCGUGGGCCGCCGUCAUCGGAUUAUGGAGCCGCGCCGGGCUGCACGCCAGGGCCCUCGCCGGGUACGUCGCCAUGCUCGAGGCGGGCGUCCCCGCGGACAACUUCGUCGUGCCCAACGUGCUAAAGGCGUGCGCGGGGAUCGGGAUGCUCGCGGCCGGGAGGGCAGUGCACGGGUACGCAUGGAAGGCGGGGUUCGGGGAAUGCGUGUACGUGCUGAGCAGCCUGGUGGACUUCUACGGGAAGUGCGGUGAGGUGGACGAUGCGAGGGAGGUGUUCGAUGCAAUGCCGGAGACGACCGUGGUGACCUGGAACUCCAUGUUGAUGGGGUAUAUAAACAAUGGGAAGAUUGAUGAUGCUGUAGAGCUGUUCUAUCAGAUGAGGGUUGAGGGCGUGCUGCCGACGAGGGUGAGCCUUCUUAGCUUUCUGUCUGCAUCGGCGGAUUUUGAAGCUGCCGACUGGGGAAGGCAGGGCCAUGCGGUGGCGGUGUCGAGUGGAUUAGAGAUGGACGUGAUUUUGGGGAGUUCGAUCAUCAACUUUUACUGUAAGGUUGGGUUAGUGGAGGCCGCAGAGGCGGUGUUUGAGCAGAUGGUGGAAAGAGAUACUGUUACAUGGAAUUUGAUGAUUGCUGGGUAUUUGCAGGAUGGGCAGAUCGACAAGGCUUUUGUCACUUGUCAGAGAAUGUUGCAGGCUGACCUUAGGUUUGAUUGUGUGACGUUGGCUUCCCUUAUCAUGGCUUGUGUGAAAUCCUGCAGCGUGGAGAUGGGCAGAGCUGCUCAUGGCUAUGCAGUUAGAAACAAUCUUGAAUCAGAUAUAGCAGUUGCUUGUGGCCUGAUAGAGUUGUAUAUGAGUACUGAAAGAACUGAACAUGCACGCCGGGUAUUCGAUGUCAUGAGCUGUAGAGACAUGGUCAUGUGGAAAGCGAUGAUUUCUGCUUACGCAGACCGUGGCAUGAGUUUUGAGGCUCUGAAGCUUUUAUACCAGAUGGAACUUGAGGGCAUAUCUCCAACUGCAGCAUGCUGGGAUUCAGUUAUUUCAGCUUUAGUGAGUAAUGAGCAGUUCGAUAAGGCCCUAGAGGUCUUUUAUGAGAUGCUACUAACAAAAGCACACCCCAAUCUGCGCACCUGGAGCCUGUUAAUAAGCGGCUUAUCUCGAAAUGGUAUGCACUGUGAGGUAAUGAAUCUGUGCUGCAAGAUGCAGGAAGUAGAGCCUGCACCAAGUCCAACAAUAUUUUCUGCAGCACUUCUUGCUAUGAAAACUGCAGCUUCAGUACAAUGUGGGAAGGCAAUGCAUGCGUGCAUUGUUAAAAAGGGCCUACUGCUGUCCAAAUCCGUGAUGCAAUCCCUGCUAAGCAUGUAUGUUAGUUUCAGUGACAAAAGCACAGUGGAAAGUUUACUAAGAUUGCUUGCUGCUGUACAGUAAAUAACGCAGCUGUACAUAGUUACAUAUCGUUUGCACAUAUGGACUUGCUGAUAUACAUCAUCAGAUGGCUAUUCUUUGAAUGAAGUGCACAUCCAAUCAUUCUAGUUGGUUAAGUAGAUACAUAUUCCGGUGUAGCUUACAUAGACAGGCUUUUGCACAGCUACGUCUUCUACACACUUUUGUUAACUUCUCUGUUAAUGGUACGGCGAUACAGCAUCUGAAUCUGAUUGAGAGGCAUUUUCACAAGAGAGCAGAAGGUUCCAAUCAGAAAAUGAGUAAGGUGAGAGAGUAGUAAAUAGUGCUUGUGUUGGCACAGAGCCUCUCUAAAGCUUGAAGCUACAGAAGCUUUAAUUAUUUGCCAAAAAAAGCGCACAGUUUAGCUUUGGGAUUGCUCGCCCAGAGAUAUUCUCUAUUUGUGAAUUGUGAUGUCUCCCUAGUUUUCCUUUUUUUUUUUGUAUUAGAAUGUGUACUCUGUGCUAGCCCUUUGGGAAGGACAUGGUCUAGAUGUGAUGCACGAAUUAUUGUUUUAGUUCUUGUUACAGUUCAUACAAUAGAGUAAACUGACACCCUGCAAAC